AGUCUCAGCUGGAGGAGAGCGUGGGAGAGAGGUGGUGUUUGACUUGCAUCAGUUGGACAGCAAGACAUUUGAAUCCAGGACACCAGCCAGCAUGCUGCCCAUCACAGACGAAGUGCUGAAGCUGCUGAAUGUAGAGAAGACUUCGUUCCGUACCUAUACCAUCUCUGCACUGCUCCUCUCUCUUCUUGUUGUCUUCUUCCGGCUCCUCCUGCACCUAUUUCAGGUUUGCCGCCAAUUCUAUGUCACCUGCCAGCGGCUCCGCUGCUUCCCCCAACCCCCUCGAAGGAACUGGCUGCUGGGACAUCUGGGAAUGUUCUUGCCCAAUGAGACGGGCCUACGGGAUGAGGUGGAGGUCCUGAAUUCUCUGCUCCACGUGGUUUUGGUGUGGAUGGGGCCCUUCCUGCCGCUGCUGGUGCUGGUGCACCCCGAUUACAUCAAGCCCCUGGUCGGGGCCUCAGCUGCCGUAGCUCCUAAGGAUGAACUUUUCUAUGGUUUCCUGAGACCCUGGCUUGGAGACGGGCUGCUGCUGAGCAGAGGGGAAAAAUGGGGCCGUCACCGCCGCAUGCUCACCCCGGCCUUCCACUUUGAUAUCCUCAAGCCCUACAUGAAGAUCUUCAACCAGUGCACGGACAUCAUGCACGCCAAGUGGCGGCGGUUGUCUGCAGGGGCUGUUGUCUCCCUAGACAUGUUUGAACACGUCAGCCUCAUGACUCUGGACAGUUUGCAGAAAUGUGUCUUCAGCUACAACAGCGACUGUCAAGAGAAGAUGAGCGACUACAUCUCGGCCAUCAUCGAGCUAAGUGCCCUGGUCGUGAAGCGACAGUACCGACUGCACCACCAUCUGAAUUUCAUCUACUACCGCACAGCUGAUGGGCGCCGCUUCCAACAGGCCUGUGAUAUCGUGCACCACUUUACCACUGAAGUCAUUCAGGAGCGGCGGCAUGCCCUCAACCAGCAGGGAGCUGAGGCGUGGCUCAAGUCCAAGCAGGGCAAGACCUUGGACUUCAUCGAUGUAUUGCUGCAGGCCAAGGAUGAAGAGGGGAAGUAUCUGUCUGAUGAAGACAUCCGGGCAGAAGCCGAUACGUUUAUGUUUGAAGGACAUGACACCACAUCCAGCGGCCUCUCCUGGAUACUGUUUAAUUUAGCAAAAUACCCAGAAUAUCAGGAGAAAUGCCGGGAAGAGAUCCAAGAAAUCAUGAAGGGGAGAGAGACGGACGAGAUUGAAUGGGAGGAUCUGACCCAGAUGCCCUUCAUCACCAUGUGCAUCAAAGAGAGCCUACGCCUCUAUCCCCCCGUCACCCUCAUCUCCCGCCGUUGCACCGAGGACAUCAAGCUUCCAGAUGGACGGGUCAUCCCCAAAGAAACCAUCUGUCUGGUCAGUAUCUACGGGACCCACCACAAUCCGGCAGUAUGGCCGGAACCCAAGGUAUUUAACCCGUACCGCUUUGACCCGGAGAACCCCCAGCAGAGGUCACCACUGGCCUAUGUGCCCUUCUCAGCCGGACCCAGGAAUUGCAUUGGCCAGAGCUUUGCCAUGUCAGAAAUGAAGGUGGUGGUGGCCCUGACUCUCCUGCGCUUCAAGCUAGUCGUGGACAGGACCAAGAAGGUGCGACGGAAGCCCGAGCUGAUCCUUCGGACCGAGAAUGGCAUCUGGCUGAAUGUAGAGCCACUACCGGCUCGGCAAUGAGACGGGGGCCCUGGAGCCUUUCCCUGCCCAUCCCCACUGACCCUGCCAUCCCAAAGCACCCUAGAGACUGGGGAAGGGGCAUCAAAAAAGGGAGCAGGGAGAGGGCUGGAGUUGGAAAGCCCACAGUUGCAGACAGCAAACUUGCCUCCCUCCUACCAGGGGCGAGUACUGGGGACGCGAUUAGUCGGGGUGGGAAAGGGGGAAAGGCCAUGGUGGCAGCAUUGAAAAGCCUUGGGUACCCUUUCGUUUCCCUAGGCUGGUGAAGAGAGAAAAACGUCUGUGGAAGAGAGAGGUUGUUUAUCGUGGUGGUUGCCGCCAUCACCACCCCCACCAUGCCUUGCUAUGGCAGGGAGCUCCCAGAUGGAGCCAGAGCAGACAUUUUGAUCCCUGGGUGGAGCGUGGGUGGUGGAGGGUGGGGGAUCAGGAAGCCAUUUUGGCUCCACUCUUCCCUCUAGUUAGAUGAUUGUGGAAAACAAAAUUCAAACCUGAUAUUAAUUUUGUUCUUUAGGUUAUGUUUGUACAAAAGAAAAUCAAGGAGGUGUGACUUUAA